AUGGCUGAAAUUGAAGCUAUGGAAGCGCGGCAAGCUGCCCAAUACGGCAGAGUGGAACGAAUUCGCGAACUCCUCGAUCUUGGUGAGUGUACACCAGAUACGCUGGAUGCGGAUGAUUGCUCCCUGUUGCACUGGGCCGCCAUUAACAAUCGACUCGCUGUUGCCCGACUUUUGAUUGAACGGGGUUGUAAUGUCAAUGCUGUUGGCGGUGUUUUGGUUUCGACUCCGCUACAUUGGGCUGCUCGGCACGGUCAUGCACACAUGAUCGCUUUAUUGGUGACUAACGGUGCGGAUGUGAACAUUAGAGAUGUUGAAGGUUUUGCUGCGUUGCAUGUUGCAGUACAGUUUGGUCGGACUCCUGCUGCAGCAUAUUUAAUUGCAUCUGGACAGUCCGUUGAUGCUCGAGAUGAAACAAUGAUGACACCAAUUAUGUGGGCUGCCUCUAAAGUGUUCAGUCGGGACCCAGUACGUAUGCUGAUAACAAUGGGUGCAGACUUAUCUUGUGUGGAUGCAACGUAUUCUAACACCGCUUUACACUUUGCUGUGCUACAUGGUAAUCAUAUAGCUAUUAGACUACUUUUAAAACAUGGUGCUGAGGUAGCUGCUCGUAAUCGUGAUGCUGAUACUCCUCGAGAUAUUGCUAUUAAACGAGGUGAUGCAGAGAGCGUACGCUUGCUUGAAAAAGCGGAACGUCAGCGGGGUCUUUUACCUUCUUCUUUUCCUCAGAAAAUUAAAGAAAAUAGUGUAUUAGUCUCCCGAGUAGUUUUCUUUCUUCCUUUUAUUGUUAUGGUUGCUACUGGAAUAAUUUUGCAUAUUUCUUUAGUCUGGUACAUAAAAGCUCUAUCACUUUUGGCUGUGUUUGUUGGAGCUCGUUUUAUUUAUACGGGUAUUUUCAAUGAUGAGAGCUUCACUAUAUUACCAUUGGGUUUAGCGGUUGCUUCGAAGGUGCUACUAAUCUUUACAUGGCUUUCUUUUUUACAUUCUUUUGCUGGAUGGUACUUCCAGAUCUUGUUUUUUAUCCUGGCUAUCGUGAUACCAACUAUGUUUGUGAAAAUUGCCCUGUCAGAUCCUGGUAUUGUGUCGGCAACUCACCAGGAGAGGUGCAAAAUGAUUCGGGAAAUAUGGGAGAGUGAGCAACCGGCAGCUCCGUUUUGUGCUACUUGCCUGAUUAAAAAGCCUGCCAGGUCUAAGCACUGCUCAGCUUGUGAUCGAUGUGUCCUCAGGAAAGGAAAUUUUAAAAACCUGUACAAUUUCUUCUGUAUCCUUCCGACCGGUGAUGACGAUGAACAGUGA